CGGGGACCCCCCGGCCCGGGCGCGGCGGUUUCAAGCUCCCCCGCGGGCGCGCGCGCGCGGCCGGGAGCCGCCGGGUCCGGCUCCGGCUCCGGCUCCGGGAUGGCGGCGGGGAACCGGGACCGGGACCGGGGCCGCUGACAGCCGGUGCCGCCGCCGCCGCCGCCUACCCCAGUAUGUACGCCAAGGGCAAGGGCUCCGGUGUGCCCUCGGACGGCCAGGCCCGCGAGAAGCUGGCGCUGUACGUCUACGAGUACCUGCUGCACGUGGGGGCCCAGAAAUCGGCCCAGACCUUCCUUUCGGAGAUCCGAUGGGAGAAGAACAUCACGCUGGGCGAGCCCCCCGGCUUCCUGCACUCCUGGUGGUGUGUCUUCUGGGACCUGUACUGUGCCGCUCCCGACCGCCGGGAAACCUGUGAGCACUCCAGCGAGGCCAAAGCCUUCCACGACUAUAGCGCGGCGGCGGCUCCCAGCCCGGUGAUGGGGAACCUGCCCCCCGGUGACGGCAUGCCGGGGGGGCCCAUGCCCCCCGCCUUCUUUCAGGGACCUGCGGGCUCUCAGCCAUCACCCCACGCCCAACCUCCGCCCCACAACCCCGGUGCCCCCAUGCUGGGGCCGCACAGCCAGCCCUUCAUGUCCCCCCGCUACCCCGGCGGCCCCCGGCCCCCGCUCCGGAUGCCGAACCAGCCUCCCGUGGGUGUCCCCGGCUCCCAGCCGCUGCUGCCCAACGCCAUGGAUCCGGCUGCGCGGUCGCAGGGGCAUCCCGGCAUGGGGGGGCCGAUGCAGCGCAUGAACCCCCCGCGAGGCAUGGCCGGCAUGGCCCCCCAGACCUACGGCAGCGGGAUGCGGCCCCCCCCCAGCUCGCUGGCCGGCCCUGGCAUGCCCGCCAUGAACAUGGGUCCCGGUGGCCGUGGGCCCUGGCCAAACCCCAGCGCCAACUCUAUCGCCUACUCCUCCUCAUCCCCUGGGAACUAUGUGGGCCCUCCCGGGGGUGGUGGCCCCCCCGGCACCCCCAUCCUGCCCAGCCCCGGAGACUCCACCAACUCCAGUGAGAAUAUGUACACCAUGAUGAACCCCAUCGGGCCCGCGGGGAACAGGCCAAACUUCCCAAUGGGACCCGGACCGGAGGGACCCAUGGGUGGCAUGAGCGCGAUGGAGCCGCAUCACAUGAACGGAUCCUUAGGCUCCGGGGACAUGGACGGGCUGCCAAAGAGCUCCCCCAGUAACCUGGGGGCCCUGAGCAACCCCCCCGGCACCCCGCGGGACGACGCCGAGCUGAGCAGCAAUUUCUUAAACCCCUUCCAAAGCGACAGCUACUCGCCCAGCAUGACAAUGAGCGUGUGAGCCCAGCGCCGAGGCCGCCGACAGCCAGACGCCCACACGCACCAGAGAAAAAAAAUAAUUAAUAAUAAUUACCAACCCGCCCCCCAACCCCCCCCAGCCCAAAACACUAAACAAACAAACAAACAAAAAAAACCAGAAAAAAAAAAAAAAUAAUUAGAAAUAAGUCAUGCGACUUAUUUACUGCCCACCCGCUCCCGGGGCAGGGACCACCCCAGCACUGGGACACCCCCCCCACCCCAAAAUGCCCCCCCAGGGUGGGGGUAGGUGCUGGGGUGGAGGGGGUCUGGACACCGGGGGGGGGGGGGCCUGUUGUGGGGGUGUUAUGGGUGCCAGCCCCCCCCCAAGCAUGGGGAAGGGGAUUUUUGGGGGGUUUCAUGGCACUGUGCCCCUACCCCCCCCUUGGCAGGUGGUGCCCCCCCCCCCCAGCAUUUUGGGGGGAGUGGGAGGUUCAUGGUGCUGCAGCCCCCCCCCCUCCCCGCCAUGGCAUGCUGCCCAGCUGGGGCACAUGCACUUAACUGCAAUUAGCUGAAAUGCUAAUGAGCAGUGGGCCCCCACCCCCCCUCCUGCCCUGUCUGGGAGGGCAUGACCCCCUCCCAGUUCUCCCAGUGCCCUCCCUGCUGGGCAUCCCCCCCCAAAUCCAUGGUGGGGGGGGGGGGACCCAUAGCCAAACCCCAGCCCUGCCAAAGCCUGGGGCAGGGGGAGGGGGGGGCCAUACCGCCAGCACAGACCCCCACCACCACUGCAGACCCCCCCCCCCCCCCCCCCAAAGCCAGGGGCACCCCAGGCUGUGCUGGGGGGGCAGGGAGGGGGGGGCCAAGCCAUACAAACCCCCCCGAUGGAGCACCCGGCCCCCCCAAGCGCUCUAUAGGGCAGGCCCCAGUGCAGAGAGCAGCCCCCCCCCGGCAGCAAGCCAGCCCCGGGGGGGGGGGUCCCCGGCCCCCAGCCCCGUCUGCGUGCUCAGCCAGCACUGUGAUCCCCGGCCCCCCCCCCCGAGCGCCAGACCGGGGCCCCCCCGCCCCCCCCCCCCUCCUCCCCCAGGGACCACUUGUAAAACUUUAAUAUGAAGGAAUUUUUUUUUUGUGUGUUUUUUUCUGAUUUUUUUUUUUUCCUCUUUUAUAACAGAAAAGACCUCAAACCCUUCCCCUGCCACCCCCCCCCCACCAAACUGCCACCGUGCAUCUAGGCCCCCUCCCCUGUACAGCCCCAUGCCAGGGGGGGGCCCCCGUCAUGCCCCCCCGCCGAGGUGGGGGGCAGCCCCCGGCUUCCGUAGGGGUAGUGCCCGCCAUAGGCAUAGUCGUUCUGUGUAGGGACCCCCCCCUCCCAUUUCGCGUCCCCAGAGCCUUUAGAAUCCCUGUUGCUUAUCAAAACAAAAUGGGGGACACCCCCCCCC